GUUUACUUAAAAAAUUUUUAUUGCUCUUGAACAACGAUCUUUAAAUUGUGCUCCAUAAAGUACAACUAAAUGUACUACAGUUUGAUAAAAAAAUAACAAUAUACUUUUUAAAUAUGAUCUAAUCGGGGAUUUAUAGAUUUAAACAGGUGGUACAAAAAGUUUAUAAGCGUCCGUCGAAAGCUUUUAAGACAAAUUCGACUGUUGACUUCAGUAACGAAAGGAACAUUCUAAUACGAUGUCAGGCUUUCUAUACAUGUUAUUAUUCUCAGUCUUCGGAAAUGCAUUGUGCAAUCCACCACACUAUAAUGUCCAACCACAAAAAACGGAAUUUUCUCCAUUUUACUACCCUUCCAAUGAUAUAGACGAGGAAGUAAAAAACGUUAAACAAUUGUCGAUUUAUUCAGCAGACUGGAUAAAACCAGCUAAGGUGGACAAUCGACUUGUAGCCAAGUUUACUCAACAAUUGGAUAAUUUUCAUAAACGACUUACCAAAACCGUACUAGAUAGUAAACCUGGUCAAAAUGUGAUCUAUUCACCAAUUAGCAUCUCAAUUCUAUUAAUGAUGGUAGCAUUUGGAAGUCGUGGCAAGACAUUGAAUGAAAUUUUAAGAGAAACAGGCUUGGAAUUCAACACUCGUACAUUGAUGGGUUUCCACGACCUUGUCGACAUUAUGGAGAAUGUUGAUGGAGUAGACUUAGAGUUAGCAAAUGUUAUUUUUGCAUCCAAAAAUUUUGAUAUUGUACCAGAUUAUCGUCAAAGGAUUGUUACACAUCUGAAAUCCGAGUUACGAAAGAUUGAUUUUGAAAAUACAAAAUCAGCAGCGCAAGAAAUAAAUGACUGGUGUAAAAAACAAACUAAAAAUCAAAUAACUGAAAUUGUAAACUCAGACGAUCUUUCUGACAUUUUGUUGAUGUUAGCAAAUGCUGUUUACUUCAAAGGUGAUUGGAUGAUACCAUUUGAUAUUGCCGACACUGAAGAUGAACCGUUUUACAUUAGUAAAAACCAAACGGUUAAUGUCCCAAUGAUGUACAUAAACAACGAAUUCAGUUAUGGACGAAUUUCAGAACUCGAUACAUUUUUUGUUGAAUUGCCUUAUGUGCACGGAGAAAAUGAUAGAGAUAUUUUUAGUAUGUUUAUUCUUGUUCCCAUUAAUCAUAACUUAGAAUUACUUGAAAAAAAUCUCGAUCUCAUUAAUUUCAAACAUUUGGAUCUAUAUGAAGAAAACGUUCAUAUUAAAUUGCCGAGAUUCAAAAUUCAAUCUACACUGGAUGUUAAACCAAUUUUUGAGAAAAUGGGAAUGACGUCAAUGUUUAAAGGUGAUGCAGAUUUCAGAGGUCUUCUCGACCAUCAAUCAAUCUAUUUAAGUAAAGUAGUCCAAAAAGCAUCUCUGACUGUCAAUGAAAAAGGCAGCAUAGCUGCUGCUGUAUCAGCCGCAAGUUUCUCAGAUCGUAUGGCGGCAAGCAUGGUCACAGUUAAUCAACCCUUUAUUUGUGCAAUUGUGCUAAAAAGUUUAGGACUUCCUGUAUUUUAUGCAAGAGUUGUUGAUCCAACUUCAUCAAACUAAUUUAAUACGAUAUUUUACAUGAAUAAACAAAAAAAAAUCAAGAAGAAAUGUAUGUUUUUUUAAUAUUAAAAGUAUAAAAUACGUUAAAAAUAUGGAGAUAGGUAAACAGAACCAUCAAUUUUUAAAAACUAUUGUAUUCAAUUGCAUUGAUGAUACUGGUAACCUGUCUGUAGUUUUGACUACAACAAAAAUAAAUAAAAAAUAUUCGCUGCAAAAAUAAA